UCUCCUAAUGUUGCGGGAAUAUGGUUAAACAAUAUUAAACAUGAAUAUUUCUGUAUGGAUAAUUUUUACUCUGUGGAUUUAAUAAAACAUACUAUCAAACAAUGUGUGACCAAUGCAGCGAAGUGCUGGUUCUAAUAAAUAACCAUCACAGUCGGCAUGUAUCUGGUGGUCCAGCACAGCUGACUAGAACUGAAGUAGAGAUAUUUAUUAGAUAUGCCAUCACAUGGAACAAUAAGCGAUGCCUGUGCAUUUAUAAAGACUUUAAAAACUUUGACAAGCUUACAAACCUAGUUCAGGUAAUCCUGAACAUGGGGAUGGAACUCAUACAGUCACUGCCAGAAAUACUUCCACACAAACUUAAAACAAAUGCUUUGGAAGCAGUAAGAAAAGAACGUACACAAUCACAGUCAUCUUUUGAUGAUGAUUUGUCUAAGAGAGAGUCUGCAAAUGAUGAAACCAAAAGCAUGGAAGAUGAGAAUAAAGAAGAGUCUGGGUUAGAUCCAGAUAUAGACAGUAUUUGGAAUGAUUGGAGCAUUGAAGAACUGAAGCGGUUGUUAGACUUUCAGACUACUUUGUUCCUCUCUAACUUUGCUGUUUAUGUGGCCCAUAAAGUAAUGACUGCACACAACAUGGAGGAGCUAUCAUCUGCUGAGACAACAGCUUUACAUAACUAUUGUGAGAUCAAUGAUAUAGAUGCACCACUUUUACUGCUCAGAAAUAUUUGCUUCUUCAUCGAUAGCAACGGAGUAGGUGCAAUGAGUCAAUGUUUUGAAAAGGCUAACAACAAAAAUGUGCCAUUAAUUUUUGCACACACUCUUAUUACUAUUAUUCAGAAUCUUCGAAUGUGGGUGAAUACACCAACUAUAAUGUCCUGUAUAUUACCUCUACGUUCACCAAUCAUUCGAUAUAUGUGCACACUUUCUGAAGCUGAUAUGAGGGCAGCUGCAGCUCAUAACACAAUGGAACUUAUGUGGCAGGCUAUUAAAGAGCCUGUGGAUUCACAAAUGACCUUUGACAGGGAAGUCAUGGCUCUGGUAUACAAGUGCUUUACCAGUACCACAUUAACCAUCAGAUUAGGCAGUAUUUGUCAAAUAAGUACACUGAUCAACACUUACAACGAUAACAUUACAAAUGAGUCAAUAAUUGAUGUAGAAACUUUUGGAGAAGAAAUGGCUAAGUGGCUGCUUGAAAAUAAGAUCGUAGAACAAAUUUUCGGACCAAAUUUGCAUAUUGAGAUUAUUAAACAAAGCCAGAUAAUCCUAAAUUUCUUAGGAGCUGAGGGAAAAAUAAACAACCAGCAUUUGGAUUGCAUUUGGGCUGCUGCACAGCUAAAACACUGUGGUAAACAAGUUUAUGAAGUUCUGCUCCCACUGAUUAAAUCAGUAGAACCGGAACAAAAUCUUCAUCUUAGACACCUCAUUGACAAAUUGGAUCCUGCAAGUUUCAAUGAAUCUGUUUUGUGCUUAUCUUCUAUUUUGACACGCAGUCAAUGGCAGGCAUUUCAAUCUGAAGAAAUUCAGAAACGCAAACUAGCCUCAGCAUCUGCUGUUGCUGGAAACAGGAGAGCUGUGAAAACCUCAGCUGAUCAUAUGAGUAGCAGUGAAAGUGAAUCUGAUGAUGGGGGUGUUCCCCCUUCCAAGAUGCAAAGGUAUCUGUUAUACCUCCUGCAGCGUAUCCCUGAUCUCAAUGUCAAUGCUGUAGCUGAUGAGCUGGCUGGUGCUCUAGGAACAGAGGAAGGACUUUGUUGUGGUGGGUGUGUACCACGACACACCAUUCAUCAUCUACCACAGUCUCACCAUACAUUAGGUCAUCAUCACCCACAGCACCAUCAUCGACAUGUACAUCAUCAUCAUGGCCCAAGACAACACAUGAAUCUUCAUCGAGCUGGUGUUGGUUCAGAUAGUUCUAUGGAAGGUCAAUCUGAUUUUAGUUUCGAUGAGGAAUAUGAUGAAGAAAAUCCAAAACUUAGAGCAGUAGUUCAGAGUGUGAUGGCUAGAAAUGUGCAGCAAAAGUCAGAAGAAAUGGAUGAUGGUGGGGAAUCCAGUGAAGAGGAUGGUGGUGCUGAUGUUGUAGUUAGCAAAGAAGGAAUCCCUUUACCAAGAACAGUCAGGGCUAGAAUGGCUAGAAAACCAGAAGGAUUUUCUCAGAAACAUGAUGUCCAUGAAGCUGAAGUAGAUGCUUUGGUUGGGGUGGUGAACAAUGUAACAGAUGAGGAGGAUGAAGAUGAAGAGGAGGAGGAGGAUGAAGAUGAGGAAGUGAGUUCAGACAAUGAAGAAGGAAGUGAUGGCCAUCAUGAUCAUCGUCACCAUAGUAAAGAGCAAGAGAGGCAGUUGCAGAUGGAAGCUGAAAAAGCUAUCCGGCAUCAAAGGUUGACUAGGCAGUUGUUGGCACCAGGAACUGAAGAUGCACCAUUAGUAGAAGUUCAUGAGGUAGAUGAUGAUGAGGAAGAAGAAGAUGAUGAAGAAGAUGAAGAAGAAGAUAUGGAAGACUCGAAGGAAACAUUAGCUUCAAAGGCUCCAGCUCAUGGCAAAAGUGAUGAAAAGCACAACAGCAUGAGUGAUGAAGAAUGGCAAGCUAUUCAUGGAUUACGUGAAUAUGGUGUUGCAAGAGGUCAUAGCCAUCAUCACAUAAUGAUUGAAGAUGAUGAUACUCUAAUCAGAAAUCUUUCUUCAAAAGAACUUAAACCAGGAACUUAUGGUCUAAAUAUCCUAAGCCCUGAUGAUGAUGAAGGCAGUUGCCACAGUUCUCGCAUCAGUAAUAAAUCUGAAAAAAAUAUGGCAGAUUUUGAUGGUGAAGAGGGAUUAAGCGAAGAAGAAUUGGCUCAAAUAAAUGCCCAUGUUAGAUACAAUGCUCACCAGACAACCCCACAUAUGACAGCUCUAUACCAUCCACAUGCUAGAGGUGUAAGAAGACCUAGACUAAAAUUGAAAAGUCCAGCAUCAGAUUUUUGCCUGAGUGAUGUCUGUAAACCAGGACACACUUUACUGUGGGAUUUAGUUCAGGACAAUAUGGCAAGUCAGCUACCAGAAGGUAUUGCUAGUGAAGCUGAAAAGGCAUUGACUAAUCUGCUAUGUUGUUCUAAUGAUAGACAAAUCCGCACUAAAUUUAUUGAGGCAAUAAUUGACAAUCUUGCAAAUAACAAAUCAGUGGUUGUGUCAAUGCGUUUACUGACAAAAUUGUUCAGCUCUUUUAACAGUAUGCGCCCAAUGGGAGGCUCUUAUAAAAUUGUUUUGUGGGCAGAGAAAACAUUGGACAUGAUGAAACAUUUCUUUAAUAACUUGGUUUACUUCACUGAACAAGCCAAAGACAGGACAACAUGGACAUCUCACCAUGGGUUCAAAGAAGAAGUCUCAGCUCGACUUGUUUUUUUAUCAUGUGUGUUUUCAUGCCAGUAUUCUCCUGAAACAUUCCGUCUAAAUCAAGAACAAACAGACAAACUAUGGGAAUGUCUUGCAACCAACCCUGAAAGCUGUGAAGAUUGUCUUAGCUGGUUUUAUGACCAGGCUCGUGGAAAAGAGAAUCAUGCUCUUGAUCUUGACACUUUAAAACACAUUUUCAUUGUAAAAAUGCCUAAACUUAAGGCUGAGACUAUGCCUAUGAUUGGGUUAAACCUUUUCCAGCAGCUUUCUAACAUAACUUGUAUGGCAAUGCAUGGCAAGUCUCUCCUAACUGAUGAACAAGCUUGCGGUAUGGACCAACUGUGGGAAAUUGCACUGAAAGCCAACAAUAAGGCUGUUUCUACAGAAGCCAUCCACAUUCUCAACAAUUAUUACAUUAAUUACGGUGGUGGGACCUUAGAUAAGGAAGAAGAGUUUGUGCAGCGAUGUAUGAACAGUCUUAUGAAGACAAUGAAUACAUUAAAAGAGGAUCCAGCUACUAAGCUCCCCAUUAUUCAACGUGGGCUUUUCCUUUACAAGCAUCAUCUUGAUGCUUUCCGUCAGCGCUAUGCAUACCAUCUACAUAUGUGGCAGUUGGAGAAUGUUGGCAUUUCUAGCCAUCUUCCAGCAAAUAAACCACAGACCAUCAAUAUUUAUCUGCAGAACACAGACAUGUCUGAUAAGGCAUUGAUUGAGAUGCAUCCAACCAACCUUGUCUCUGAGUUAAGAGCUGAAGUUACCCAUUGGUGGGAAGAUCUUCAAAAGCAACAACCUAAACAGACAUCCUCAUCCUCAAGUCCUGGGAUAAUGUCCCCUCUACUAGGACAUAUGCUGGGUGAAGGGCCUCUUCGUAUGAUUAGCUCUGGUCAAGAGCUGUUUGUUGAUAUGGAUGAGAGAACUUUAGGAGAUCUUCAUAUGACCGAUGGUCAACAUGUUUUUGUGUCUAUUGGUGCAAACAGACAACAGAGAAAAAGUGAUGGUUCUAUUCCAUCAUCAGGCUUGUCAGUUCCAGACAGAAAGAAAUUACCCAUGAAUCUAUUGAUUGCUGAGCCUCACUUUGAUAAUUUAUUUAAAUUAUUAGAACAGCUUAGUGACCUUAGUUUUCAACUAGAUAAUGUGGAAAAAGAAAGGAAAGCCAGCCUUCAGGCAGAAGCAAGAAGAUUGUCUAGAGAUGUUUGGGAGCUGCUAAUGAUGCUUCCAACAAAUGAAAGUCUUAUCAAUGGAUUCAUGAAAAUUUCCACUGAUCAGGCUGUUACUCAAGAUGAAUGGAAUCAGCUUCUCCCACCCAGUAGCCCUCACAGACUGUAUUAUUCACUUCAAACUGUUGAAUUUCUUGCGCACGGUACUAAGCUUGGUCAAAAACAUAUGAUGCGGUCAGGUAGUGGCGAUGCUGCAGAAGAAAAAAAGGCAUAUGGAGUGAGUAAAACCCAGUGGUGUAUUAAAUUUAUUUCUAAAGGAGGGCUCAGCCAUAUGAUGGAUAUCUUUAUGAAUGGAUCUCUGCAAUGCAAAGAAGGAAAUAUCUGGAGUCAAUGGAACCAGGAAUGCCUAGGCUAUCUGCUAAGGCUAAUUUCCCAGUUCUCUGUGGAUGACCCAAGCCAAGAAGGUGAGGGCAGUAACAGCCCUCGUAACAGAAGAGCUGUGAACAAAAAAGGCAGUUCUUUCAUUAUUUCGACUAUAUCACAGUCUAUCUUGGAGAAAUUGGAUGUGCAAGCAGUUGUGAAAAUUUUAAUGCAAAUCCUGUUUGAUGCUGCCAUGCCUAUGGACUCUAAUCAACUGUACUGUGGAACUUGGGGGAGAAGAGAAGUUGUGCAGUAUGCAAUGUCAUUCUUGGUAUCUCUGGCAUUUUCUUGUGAUCAAGUUUUAGACUAUCUGUGCAAUGCUGAUAAUUUUCAUUCUUGGUUGAAACGUCUUACAUUGGAAGCACCUGAGGCUCAUGUUCGUAAACAGGCUUGUCUAGGCCUACACCGUCUGUGCCUAGGAAAGACAAAGCAAGAGAAAAAAGGAACUGCAUUCUUAGCGCCUGUGCUUGAACAGCUACUUAGCUUUCUUUCUGAUACAGAACUUUUUAAGCCUAAAAAGUUUGAGAUGGAUUUUACCAGGGAGGAAAAAGAAAUUUAUGGAGCAGGUUGCCAUGACUAUUUUCUGUUUAUACCUAUGUGCCUUGAUGAGCUCGAUGUACAACAGACAAACAUUAAUAUGGAUGCUUUGUUGAAGCAAGUAACAGAUGAUAUUUUGAACCGUCCAUUCUAUGAGACAUACAAAGGUUAUGAAGAAGAUGAAGGACUGAUAGGACUCCUUAAUGUGGCUGCUGCCUUGUACAGGCAUAACCCUCCAUUUGUUAUGUCUGAGGAAAACAAUCAUUUCCUUGAUGCCCUCUCUGAUUUCCUGUUUCUGGUGCCAAGUCCGAAGUUUCCCCAUUUUCCAAAGUGUAAAAGUCAGAAAACUAGACAAGCAGCUUAUGAUCUUAUUGCUGAAAUGUGCAGUGGAAAUAUGAGGAAUUAUUCUAUUGCUGUUGACAAAUUCAGGCGCCAGAACACUAGAGAGGCUCAUGCACCUUAUCCAUGGGAUUACUGGCCCCAGGAAGAUGGCAGGGCAAAGUGUGGCUAUGUUGGGCUUACAAAUUUAGGUGCAACUUGCUACAUGGCAACAGCUAUUCAGCAGCUUUUUAUGAUACCCAGGAUUCAUCAGUCAGUUCUUCAAUUCCAGGCUGAUGAUUCUCGGCCUCAUGCUGCUAUGAUGAUGGAGCUGCAACGAAUGUUUGCCUAUCUUCAGGAAAGUGAACGUAGAGCAUACAACCCAAAAAGUUUCUGUAAGACAUACACAAUGGACAGAUGUCCCCUUAACACAGGAGAACAAAAGGAUAUGCAAGAAUUCUUUACUGAUAUUAUAACUAAACUGGAGGAAACCUCUUCAGAAAUGAAAACUGUGAUAAAAGAAAUGUUUGGAGGAGAAACUACAAACAAUGUUGUCUCUCUGGAUUGUAACCAUGUGAGUCGAACAUUUGAAGAAUUCUAUACUGUAAGGUGUGGUGUUGCCCACAUGAAGGAUCUUUAUGAAUCUUUGGAUGAAGUCACAGUGAAAGACAUGUUAGAGGGUGAUAAUAUGUACACUUGCUCACACUGCCACAAAAAAGUCAGGGCUGAAAAAAGAACCUGUUUUCGCAAGCUGCCACAAAUCCUUUGCUUUAACACUUUGAGAUAUUCAUUUAAUAUGUUAACAAUGAUGAAAGAAAAAGUGAAUACACAUUUUUCUUUUCCUGAUACACUUGAUAUGUCACGAUAUAUGGAGCAUAAUUUAAUUGGGAAAGACAAAAUCAAAGAUGUAGAAGGUGAAGGAUCUCAAGAAGAUGAGUCAUAUGAGUACAAAUUAAUAGGAGUUACAGUUCAUGUUGGUAGUGCUGAAGGUGGUCAUUACUAUAACCUUAUCAAAGAUACUCAGACCAAUAAAUGGUACCAUUUUAAUGAUGCUGAUGUCAAGCCAUUUGAUGCAAGCAACAUUCCUCAUGAAGCCUUUGGUGGAGAAAUGAAUGGCAAGACGUAUGACUCUGUAUCAGAGAAGUAUCUGGAUUUCCCUAUUGAGAAGACAAACAGUGCCUACAUGCUGUUUUACCAAAGAGUAUCUCCAAAGCAACAAGAUGUGAAAGAAGAAUACAACUUUGAGUUGAAUCCUGACUUGGCCAAUUGGAUCUGGAAUGAUAACACACAGUUUCUUAAGGACAGAAGUAUUUUUGACAGAAUGUACUUUGAGCAUGUUUGGCAAAUGUGUGCACACAUUCCCAGCACUCUUCACAUAGAUGAUACAGAGAGGGCCAAUCACCAGGCUGUUAUAUUAGCUUCCUGCUUUUUCCUUGAGUCUUUUAUUCAUGCUAAAGAAAAGAAAUCAAUGCCCAAUUGGAUUGAUUACCUUAUGAAGAAAUUCAGCAGCUGUUUGGGUCCGUGUGAGUGGCUACUGGACCAUAUGGCUGAAGAUGAUUGGUGGAUACAACACAUACUUAUUAAAUGCCCAAACAACAUGAUAAGACAAAUGUUUCAACGGCUGCUAAUCAUGAUGAUAACCCAACUCAGCAAGGCAUCUAAUGAGUACAUUGCUUUAGGUAGUGACAUGGACACAUCAGAGCUCUGUGGUCAUAGCUGUCUUACAAGGUUCAUUACUAAAGUGCUUUCAAAUCUUGAGUGUGGCAUGCGGCCCACUAACAAGUAUUUGAUGGAGUACUUCACCUUUCUCUUUGAGUUUGCUAAACUUCAAGACACAAACACAGAUUUCCCAUCAGCAUCAUUCCUCAACUCAAUCAACACCAUCAGCAUGGUAGUCAGAUUCUACAUGGGCAGUAAAACCUCUCAGCCAGACUAUGUAGAAAUUUUGUCUGACGAAGAUGAAGAUGAGGAAGUUCUAGUCAUGUCGCCUGAUGAGACCAGACCUACAGCCUUGAACAAAAUGAUCUCAUUGAUUGCUUACUUGGUGGAAACAUCCAGGGAUGGUCAUAUACUUCAGCUCAGUGAAUCAGAUAUGAACUAUCUAAUUAGAGGAAGGGGCCACCCUUUCCUGAUGUACCAAGUGCGUGACAACAUCAACAUUGAACACACCUGUAACCUGAUUGUCAGCCUCUGUAUGUUUAAUGAACCCCUAGCAGUCUCUAUUGUGACAGCUAUUUUUAACAAUAUUAAAAAACUUGGAGAUUUGGCUAAGCCAUUUUUUGAUCUCCUGACACACCUAACAGAAUACUCAGGCAGAAUGGCAGGCUAUCCACCUUUUACACAGUUAAUUGUAUCAAGGUUAUGGGAGCUGACUAAAGUUACACCUAGGCAAUGUCUAGAAUGGUUGACCCAUAAAGUGACCCACAAUCGCUUAGCCAGACAGUGGACAUUGGACUGUAUGGAAGGAUGGGUUGAACAAUACAUGGUAGCAUACAACAGCAAUCUUGUGAGAAUGGCCAGUGCACAGCUUCUAGUGUCUCUUGUACCAAAUGAACUCUUCAGAUCCACAUAUAGACCAAGGGUCAUUGCAACAUGCCCGAGUACAAUUGUGUGGGGUAAAGAAGACUUAGCAGUUAUGCACAGGAUUUAUCAGCACUUGCUCUUAUUACUUAAAAGAGCGCAUGUACAUAUAGCACCAUAUGACAGUAAUCAAGCAAACAUGGUUGGCCCAUCUCAUGCCAAGCUGAUGUCAUUGUUUUCUGUUCUAAAUUACUGUCUUUACUCACGCAGAGAAAAACUUCUGUUUACUCCUUACUUCAUGGACCUGUGGCAGCUGUUCCAUCCAUUUAUGCUGGAGCCUCAAGUUCCACUCAAUCACAAUAAACAGGCUCUUCUUAUGUUUUGGUACAAUGUCAGUCAAGAUUGCCCUGAAAAUUUGCAGCAAAUGGUAUCAAACCCUCAUGUGUGCAAAAACAUAGCUUUCAAUUAUAUCUUAGCUGAUCAUGAUGAUGAACAAAACAUCCUGUUUAAUCGUGGAAUGUUACCAGCUUACUAUGGCCUACUUCGAAUGGCUUGCGAGUACUCCAAUCAGUUUAUGAGAUCACUGGCAGGUCACCAGAAUCUACAGUGGGCUUUUAAAAACAUUUUACCCUAUCCACAUCAAUAUGUACAGGCCACUGAAGAGCUUAUGUGCAUGAUGAAAAUGAUGGCAGAAAGAAAGCGUGAACACUCACAGGAAGAAGCACAGCUUGUUGAGAAUUUCAGAAAAACAACUUUAAUUUUAUGCACUCAAGGACUGGAUCCAAGGGUCAUGUGGCAGACACUGUGCUCAAUUUAUAAAAUUCUGGUAGUAACAACAGAUGACUAUAUGACAUUGCUCUAUCAGAAUGGUCUCUCCGUCCUCAGCCAGUCUUUCUCAAUAAUCUACACCAUGUUCCAUGAGGCAACAGCCUGUCACAUGACAGGUGACCUCAUUGAUGUCUUACAGCUCAUCAAUUCUUUACUGAUGGCUGCCAAAGACGGAGAGAGAAAAGCUGAGAUCCGGUCUAUGAUUAAUCAGUGGAAAGAAAGAACUGAUGUAGCCAAGAAACUCCUUACAUUGCUCAAUUCUUUUGUGCCAAAUAAUCUAAGAGGCAUUGCAUUAGAUGUUCUCCACAAGAUGGUGCUUGUCAUCCAAAAGGACAUCACACAGUUUCUCACUACAACUUUACUUCAUGCUCAUAGUGCUUUCCAAAAUUCAAACACUGCUAUGAACGUGGGACCAUUCUUCCCUACUCGCUCUUAUCAAGGACUGAGCAACAAGGCAAAUGUUCGCCCUUCCCGACCACAGUUUCAGAUGUAUUUGCAUGCGGGGCAGGUGGAGGUUAGUAAGGGAACAGAUGAAGACUAUGACAAAGCUCUAUUGAAUUACUAUGAACCUUAUCAUCGUCUCAUAGACAGGAUGUGUAGAAUGGCAAUCAAUUUAAAGAUUCUCAAUGCUGAUCUCAUUACUUUAUAUGCUAUGGUGGCAUAUGAAGGUGUUCCUCUCCACUUACCUUACUUUGCCAAGAUGUGGAAUGAAAUUAUAGAAACUUCUCAGACUGCUGACCCAGACCACACACUUGUAAAUACUUUGUGUAAAUGCAACUCUUUUAUUGAUUAUAUUGAAACUGUGCUAAUGGAUGAGCGUAGAUCUCUAAACAAUGACCACAUUUACCAGUUCUUCAGAAAUUUCUUUCCUAAGGUUCACGAACAUAUAAUAUCUGAUGGUGGCCAAAACAUUAUUAUGAACUUAGUGGCUUCAAUUCUUGCUGAGGCUGACACUUUAAAAAGGAAUGAAACAGAGAGAGAUAUUAUGCCAGUACUCAACAGAUUAUUAGGAGAAUUAAGGGCCAUCCAACUGAUCCUAACUGUUAGACCAGAGCAACAUCCCAGUGGUCUGCUACCCAAAGCUCUGAAGUCUAUUGUUAGACUUUGUCGUUUACAUCAGCAACAGAGGGCUGAUAUGUUAGCAGCUGCACAGGCACGGGCAGAUGCUGAAGCUGCCAGGAGGGAAAGAGAGGAGAGGAAGAGAAGAGAUGAGGCUGAGAAGAGAAGGCAAGAAGAUGAAGAGAAGAUAGAUGUAGGCAUGAGAUCUGUUGAUGAUGAGGACAACACUUUGUUGAUAUCCAGGAGAAGGAAGUCAUCCAGUCCCCUUUCUCAACACAAUGCUGGUGAGCAAGUUAAGAGAAGACGACCUAAUGGAAGUGAAACAUCAGAAGAAGUAGGAUCCUCAUCAAGUGAGGUUGAUGUAGCCUCACAUUCCAGUGUUGACAAACCUUCUCAACUGUCCACCACAGACCAAGCCUCAUGUGAUGUCUCCCCCGAAAAACCCUCAGAUCCCUGUGACAAAGGCAGCAGACAACAAGCACCAGAUGAAGCGAAAUCUGAACAUGUUAUUUUACCCACAUCCACUUCCUCUUCACCACAAUCUCCAUCCUCCAAGCAUCUAGUCAGUUCAAAAACUGUUUCAGCCAGUGGGCCUGUCUCACCUCAGCCAUGUUCAUCUUCAUCUUUAGACCCAGAAGAGCCCAGGGAUGAAAGCACUCCAGACUCAACUAAAGACUCGCUUGUAUCCAACAUGGAAGUUACAUCUAGCACAGAGAAUGAAUGCAGUGAUUUAAAUGAACCAUCAACCAGUUCAGAUAAAUGCUGCGAUUCACGGCUUGAGACCCCCUCCAGACAAGCCUCUUAUGGUGGAAUUAUCCUGCCUGCCCAGAGAACAUCUUCUAGUGAAGGAAUAGGUUCAUGCAUCCGAUCUCAAGGAGCUGAUAUUUAUGAAAAGGUUGUGAAAAGUGCAGAUGCUGUGAUGGCACUUUUGUCUCGUCUUCAUGAAAAUUCACAAAAUUGAUGUUUUACUUGAAUGAAUAAAGGUAAAUGUAAAUAAAAUCAUGUCUUUGUGUGUAGGAUUAUCAGUAAAAUACUAUUUUUUAUUUGUUUGGCAAGAAAAGACCACUUUUUAAUGAAUGCAUGCAUUUAUCUGAAGUAAUUUUCAGUAACUUAAAUUUGAAAUAAUUUAUGCUGGGCUCUCAAGCAUUUCAUAAUUUUGUGUCAUUAUUUGCUUUAUUUCAAAGCUUCUAGUAGUAAUUGGUGCCUUAUGUCAGUCCUUUGUGUUUGUUGUAAAUAUUUUGUCUGAAGUAAGUGUCAGUUUAUUUUUCCAGAAAUGUCAAAAAUUGCCCCAGUUUGUUAGAACUUUUUACCAUAUCAGCAUUUAUUUUGUCAUUUGUGUUAACACAGUACACACAUUGUAAAUCAAUGCAUUGUCCUAUUUUGGUGUACAUACUAUUAUUUGUAUAUAAAAAGAAAAAAGUUAUUUAACUCUUUGACUAUAUCCAGGGACCAAUUAAAAAUAUUUGGUCCUGCUUUUACGAAAACUAAAUUGUUAGAUUGUGAAUUUAGUAUUUUUGUUUUUAAUAUAAUUUUGAAAAUAUGUUAAUGCUAAAUUUAAAAUGUGUUAUAUUGAAUUCAAUACACUGCAGAUAAUAUACGGUAAAGAAAAAAUGACACAUUUCUGUCUCUUAAGCCUAGAUUGCAAGUUGCAAUCGCCUAGAUUGCAAGUUGCAAUCGUAAGAUUAAAAAUAAGCUUUUUAAAAAAUUUUCCCUCCUCAAUGAAUGUAGUUGUGAAUUUAAAAUAUUUACUUGCUUGUUGUCCAGAAAUAAAUGAUUCUUCUUUCAUUUCUUAAAACAGUUUUUUUGCUUGUUA